AUGGAGAAGCAAGGGCUCCGUCCUGAUGUCAUUGGCUUUUCGGCUUACAUUAAUGGCCUCUGCAGAGCUCAUUACAUGGAAGAGGCAUAUGAAGCUUUCCAUGAAAUGUGUAGGAGAGGAUUGAUUCCCAACAAUUUCACAUACAACUCUUUGAUUUCUGGAUUUUGUAGGGCUGGUAAUGUAGCUGAGGCAUUGAAAUUGGAGAGGGAGAUGAGGCAGAAUGGCCUUGUUCCUGAUAUAUUCACAACCAAUAUAAUUAUUAAUGGGGCUUUUGAUAUGGUGAAUGCGAUGGGCUUUGUGAAUAAGAUGUCUUCAGAGGGUUUUGAACCAGAUAUCUUCACAUAUAACAUAUGGAUUCACAGCCUCUGUAGCUGUCAUAUGAUGAACCAAGCCAUGAAGGUGCUAGAUGAGCUUGUUUCGGUGGGUUUUGUUCCUAAUACAGUUACUUACAAUACAGUGAUGAACAAUAUCUGCAGUGAUGUACUUGAUCGUGCUGUGAUUCUAACUGGAAAAUUGCUUAAGGUGGCCUUUGUUCCCAAUGUUGUUACAGUUAACCUGCUGCUCUCUCAUUUCUGCAAGCAAGGGCUGGCAAAGAGGGCCUUGAUUUGGGGAGAAAAGCUUAGACAUGUUUCCUUCAUUUUUGAUGAUGCCACACGGAAUAUACUUGACUGGGCCUACCAUGACAUGCAAGAGGAUGCAGAACCUUUGACGGCAGAGUCCAGAAGAAGCUUAUUUAUAGAAUUUCUCAUGCACAUUACUUAUGGAUCCUUGUACAAGAGUGAACCUUUAAAACAUAAACCAUUGAUAAUCAAUAAUAUUGCUGGUCAUGGAAUUACCAAGUCUUCAAUGAUGGAUGUGAGAUAG